AUGGCGUUUGUAGAAAAUAAGGUAGCCCUUGUAACUGGGGGUGCGAGUGGUAUUGGAUUUGCGAUAACGGACCAUCUGCUGAAAAAUGGAGCAAAGGGAGUUGGAAUCGUAGAUACUUCUGCACAAAACGGUACGAAAGCCGAAAAAAAAUUUCGAGAUGAAUACGGCGAUAAAGUGAUAUUUAUCCAAACUGACGUAACUAAAAAGGAUGAACUAAAAGCCGCUUUCGAAAAAACCAUAGCAAAAUUCAAAAAUCUGGAUAUAGUUGUGAAUAAUGCUGGUAUUAUGAAUGAACCUGACUGGAAGCUGACACUGACUGUGAAUUUGGAAGCCGUCCUCUCCGGCACUUUUAUGGCCCUAGACGAAUAUUUACCAAAAUAUCGAUCUUCUGAAGAAGGGCUGAUUGUAAACACUGCCUCAAUACUUGGAAUAGAUUGUAUGAGGACUAUUCCCACUUAUUCUGCUACAAAAAGUGGAGUAAUAGCCCUAGGUAGAUCGUUGGGACACCAAGAAGAUUAUGACAAAACACACAUCAGGAUAAUCACUAUUUGUCCAGGAUACAUAGACACACCUUUGGUAUCAGCAGCUAUAAAUAGAGAAGGAUAUACUAAUCACCAGCCAGAUCCAGACUCGUUCAUAUCGCCGGAUUUUGUUGGAGAGCAAGUUGUUUGCCUUAUGAAUGAAGGAAAAACUGGAUCGGUGUGGGUGAUAGAAGAAAUGGAGGCAUACGCAGUUAAUUUUCCUGAUAGGAAAGAUAUGAAAGUAGUUUAA